AUGCCUGCCAGAUCGGGCACAUCGUCUGCCAGCAUGCACACCGCCACCUCUUUCAGCUCGAGCUUCGCCGGCGGCUCUCCAUCACGCCAAUCCCCACAGCGAAAUACCCAUCCUCACCGCGAGUCCUUGGUUCGAGAUCCAUACGACAGUCCCUCUCGACAAAUAGCACUCGAGUUCAACUUGCGCCUCAGCAUAUCUGACCGAGAUUUCAAUGAGAAACUGGACCAGGCUGCCGCAGAACGCGCCAAACACCAUGCCGAGCAGCUGGCUCUGGCCGCAGAAGAGCAUAACAGGGUGCUCCGAAGCGCGGAGCUGGAGAUUGAGCGACUCGCACUCGAGCAAGAGCAGGCCAACAUUCGGCGAGAAGAGGCACAGAAACGCGAGAUUGAGCGGCUUCGGGAAGAAAAGGCCCGGGAGGAAGCUGAAGCGCAUCGUCGGGCGUUGGAAGCCAAGCAGCGCGAAGAGCAGGCAGCUCGACAGGCUAUAGAGCACCAGAGAAAGCUUCAAGAGACCGAGGCGCGCAUAAAGGCACAGAAAGAGCAAGAGGCAGCAGCAGAGAGGCAGAAGAAGGACGAAGCAGAUCGCAAGGCCAGCGAGGCUGCAGCUGCGACACAAAAGGCCCAACAACAGCAGGCCGCCCAACAGCAAGCAGCACCUCAGAGGACCACUGCGCCCACACAGACAUCCGCCACUGCACCACAGCCGGCAGCAUCACAGGCGCCCGUAAGCAACGCCGAGCAGAUUCACGCAAGGUACCUCCAACUCCACGCCCAGAUGAAGAAGUUUCGCAUCGAGUUCCAGAACAAGCACAAGCAAAAGACGUCAUCACUAAAGGGACCUGUGGGCGAUGCCCGACGGGAGAUCCGCACUCGUCUUGGCCAAAUCACGACCGAGCGUGCCGACAGCGUCGCAGCCAUCAAGCGACUCCGCCUCAAUUGCUUCGACAUUGCACUAAAAACCCAAGGCCCCAUGAUCGACAUCCGUCCCUACAUCAUCUCGCAGCAGAUCCCACCCCUGGCCAACGAAGCGGAAGCCGCCUACCCUGCCUUCCUCCUCUACCUCUGGAUCUGUUUCGAGAAGUCUCUGUUGAAGCAAUUCGAGAAGGAAGCUGCGAGCGAAGAUGGCCGUACCAUUCAGGAGAUUGGCCUCAUCGCCGCAAGUUUACUCUCCGAUCCCAAUUACAUGUGGAGAGGCGUGCCCCUCUCGGACAUUGUCCUCGCCAAAUUCCACCGCGUCUGCCCCCCUCUCUUCGGCAUCCGAGGCACCAUGGACACCGCCCAAGGACAAGACCGUCUCGGCUGGCGACUCAUCGACAAGAACCCGCCCUCGACCGAAUCCUACAGUCAGCGCCUCCGCGGCCUGGGCGCCGGCUACGCAGCCAUGUCCCUGCGCGCCUUCAACGGCAAGGCGCCCGCCAUUCCCAUGUCCGAGUACUGGCGCGCCCUCGUCUCCCUCUGCAACACCCCGCCAGACCAUCUCUACCCGGGCCACUUUGCCCUCAUCGCCGGUCUCGUCCGAGACUACUACAAGAAAUUCCUGGCCCAGUACGGUGUCCCCGCCCGCGCUGUCCUGCGUCGUGCUAUCCUCGAGCUCCCGGCCAGAGCACCGGCGCGCUGCAAAGAUGCGGCUGGCACGGUUAGCGUGUUGGCCGAGGGGUGGAAGAAGGCAGGGCUCUCGUUGGAAUGA